CAUAUUUCAGGGAUGGCUUCUGUUGUGAAUGUAUGCAGUGUAAAUGUAUUGGAAAAUCCCGGAAAAUUCGAUGACCCUUUCAAGUUGGAAAUCACCUUUGAGUGUUAUGAACCUCUUUUAGAUGACCUGGACUGGGAAUUAGUAUAUGUUGGAUCAGGGGAAUCGAAUGCAUAUGAUCAAAUUCUUGAUUCCAUUCUGGUCGGUCCAGUUGUGGAAGGACGUCACAAGUUUAUUUUCGAGGCUGGUGGUCCGGAUCCAUCUAAGAUACCGGAAAGUGAAAUUGUUGGUGUAACAGUUUUGUUGUUAAAAUGUAGGUACAUGGAACAAGAAUUCAUCAAUAUUGGCUGGUUCGUUGCAACGGAAUACACUGAUCCAGAAUUGCAAGAAGAACCUCCUGUAUCUCCAGUUUUGGAAAAACUGCAAAGAAGGGUUUGUAUUGAUGAUGUUCGUGUAACUACUUUUGCGAUCAAAUGGCACAAAAACGAGGGAAGUGGGGACAUGGAAGAUAUUAAAAUUAGGAAUACGGAAGAUACUGAAACCACGAGUGGAAAAGCAAAUGAGUUUGCUGCGAGAAACGAUGUUAACAGAAGUGACGACCGAAAGGAAGAUGUAGAGGUUGUGGAGGGUGAUGAAAUGGAGGCAUCUCUUGGUGGUGCGAGUAAAGCUACUACUAGUAUUUUACCACUUCUUGAUGUUACCAAUGAAUCGAUCCCUGAUUUGGUUGACUGAAAGUGGUAACGACGAUUUAUCGAUGAUCUCUAUUAUUCCCGGAGUUCGUUUUCUUGUUUUCUUUGUAUCUCACUGGUUUGGUACAUUGUUAUUUGAUUUUUUUUCGCAUUAUAUUUUGGAUUUUUUUAUUUUUUGUCUUUCAAACUCUUAUUUAUGAUAAUUACUUCGGCUUCGUGUAGGAACAGAUAUAGUUGAGUGGAAGUGUUUGAGUUCUUGCAGUAAUAUUUCACUUACUUUUUACGGUGCAUGCAAUCCAGAUCGACUUUUUUCUACUUGUCAGAAUCUG